AUGGAUCUCUUCCGUCGCUUUCAUCAAAGCUCCUAUCCCUCCCGGCCAUCACCACUUGCUGGCUCUCAGGAGGCGAGCGAGGAUCGCGCCCGACAAGCUGUUGGUGGUUUCUCGACCACCGCCGACUCCCGCCGUCGUGCCGAAAGCGAGAACAUGCGACCAACCGGUCGUUACGAUUACACCAGUCCGACAUCACAUCUAUACUCUGCAGGCAUGGUGCGGGAGACGCAAGGGACUGGGGGUGAGAAUGCUGGGCCGGCGAUCUCUCCGCCGCGGAAUCAGCCUGCGCCUGCACGCCAGCAACACCCGCGAGAUCACAGCCAUGAACCACGAGUCAAUCCUCACAGACACCGCCGAAACCAGUCUCAGCCGCAUAGUGCACCAUUAAGAGAAGGUCCUCAAGAUCAUCCAACGAUUCCCGCGUUUGGUAGCCGCCAGAUGCCUCCUCCCUCUCCUCCGCACGCUUACGGUCCUCGAUCGCAGUCUGCCAACGCGGCCGCUUCAUCCCUACUUUCCCGCGAGCCAUCGACCGUCCCACCUCACCGCCCCGGUAGCAGCAUGUCUAUCUCUGCCAUGCUAGGAUCGGACUCCGAGCGUCCAGCGCGCGAAACUGGACCAUCUCUCUUCUCACGCCCGGUUGGCGCAUCCAUCUUCGGCAACCCGGCCCCCUCCAACUCUUUCUCACGGCCGUCGAUGGGUCGCCCAUAUCGGUCUGGGUCAAGCGGUGGAGCGAGCAUUGUUGGAGGUGUGGAGCAAGCACCUUUCGGGGGACUGCCACCGCGCGCGACCUCUUCUCAAUAUCCCGAGAAACCACAUUCUACACACCCAUCGCCCCAAAUCUCGGCGUCAGAGCCGCUGUACAACGAGGCUCGACGCAUGAGCUUCAGUGGGCCGAUUGGGCGAACAAGUAGCCAACCACCCAACAACGACUUUGCUCCGCAUCCACCAGGCUAUAGCCCACAUUCGCGCCCAUCGACGCUCGCCCACGACCGGUAUGAGGCGGCACCGCGGCUCGGCCCUACCUACGCGGGCCUUGACCAGCAUGUGCGUGAUAACUCGGUACGGUAUGGGAACAUAGCCGGAGACCGUCGCCCAGAAGACACUGCCGCGAGGGAUCAAGAUCGGGGGAGGGAGCGUGGGAAAGAACGGGAGAGGGAUCGGUUCUUCCAGGAAGGGGACUCCAAGGGUCCACUCGGAGGGUCCUUUGGGCCUCUAUAUGGAGAACGGGAGCCGACUGAGCGUUAUCCGACCGCGUCAGCGUGGGAACAAGCUCGCUCACAGCCGUCGUCACCUGAAACGAAGCGUUUCCCGGCGCCCGAGCCGGGCCCGGGUUUCGGAUUUGGUGCAAUCCAAAGCUAUACCAAGUCCUUGGGGUCGCAACCGGGGGGUUCACGGGUUCCAUCCUUGUCUGUCCAAACAGGUCCCAGGCAAUUGUCUCCGACACAGCGCGAGCCGCCUUACUCUACGAAAUCGCAGCCACACCUUGCGCGUUUGGGUCCUACUACAUUUGCAUCCCCUGCCACGACAGCGCCCUCUCUUGGACUUCCUGCCGUCGAGGAAUCAGGUCGUCGUAAAGGCAGUGAAGAUCUGCUCCACCAUCGCAACCUUCUUUCUCUUUUUGCAGAUGUCAAGCGUGGUGGCCGUGCAUCGCCGCUGCCGCAAGCUGUACAAGGUGCUCAAGCUCCCUUCAUCGGUCCGUCAGGCGAACCAGGGAUCAAGAAUGAGCUUGGUCGUGUCUUCUCUGGCAUUGGCAGUGGUGUUGGCGGCGUCACCGCUGGCUCGUCUGGAAGUGGCCCGUCAACACCUCUGAUCGCCAGUCCAUUCAAAAGGGGCAGUCUCACGAGUCGCUCGGUUAACGGUGAAAAUGAAGAUGGAAAGAUUGCCCGGCCAAUCUCGGCCACAAGUCAGCGCCGGUCACGCAAGUCUCGCGAAGAGGAAACUCCAGGAGAGGAAGCCGGUGCAGGAUCGUCUAAGCCAGGCCUCACCAUCACCACCGUCACAAGGGAGACGAAGAAGCCCCCCACAGGGAGUUCUCAUCGACCUUCGACAAACGUUUCCUCCGGUCGCACCUCCGCACCCACAGAGAAUACAGUCGGUCACCACCACCAUCAUCACCAUCACCACCAUCAUGCAGCUCGAUCAGCCGCCGCUGUACCUGCAUCUCCGCUCCGAGAACCGCGGACGACGGUGAACCUCGAGCCUCUUCUCGCCAGCGUGGCGCACCUUCCCCGGCAUCACCUCGGAUCGACGCUAUACAAACCGCAGAUUGACGUGCCCAGUGUGAAGGCAUCCUCCGAAAGCUCCAAGUUUGGUUACACCACCACCCCUCGUCCUCUUCCCCGCUUCGAUCAGCAGGAGAAUUGCACCUUUACCGUUCGGGUGCCCCGGUUCCGCGUUGAUGCGGCUCGGCGCGAAGAGAUCUGCGCCCGUCGUGCUCUGUGGGGAACAGGUGUCUACACGGACGACUCCGAUCCUGUCGCGGCGGCCAUCCACUCGGGUUAUAUUCGUGGAGCUUGGGGGGACGACGUUGAUGAGAGUAUGCUCGAUCUCGAGAUCAAAGAUUCUUAUCAACACGCACCCCCGCCCUCCACGGAGGAGGAGGGCCGCACCCCACGUUUCCCGCCCGUCCCACCCGGAGACAAAGAUCUUCAUGUCACCCUGCUCAUUUUGCCCCGAGUUGACCGAUACGAAUCCACGGUCAUGUUUGGGCUCAAGUCUCGAGAGUGGACCGGGCGACACGAUGGGUUGAGUUUCAAGGUCCACCGUGUUGAGUGGGUGGACGAAGGGGUCGGACGCGGGGAAGAGCGAAGCGGCGAAGCCCGACGGAAGCGUCUGCGCACACUGAUGCAGACUGGUCGCAUCUGUACGGGACCGGCCAUGGCCAAGAUGGAUGAGCUUCGACACCGCGGCGUCCAAGUUCCUCGAUCGAUGGAAGGUGUCGAGCAGCCGACGCCCGUUCAACCCGUUUCUUAA